CUCUAUACUACUUAGUUAUUUUUUUUCAAAAUUUUAAACAAAUAUUUUUUAAUCAACACAGGAUAAUUGUUUUCAGUCUCAACUUUUACUAAAAUCUUUUGAAUUUAAAUCAAAAUAUGAUUGAAUUCGGUCGUCUUAUGAUAGUUACUUUUAAAAUAGUUAUAGCAGUGUACAUGGUUUACAAAACCAUAAGCAGUGGAGAUCGUGAAGAACGUUUGUUAUUGAUGGACUACUGGUGUACGAUUGGUUUCUUUGCACUCGUGGAGUAUAUUUCCGACAAGUUGUUUGAUUGGUUACCAUUUUACCAAGAAAUUAAACUUGGCGUUUCAUUGUGGCUUCAUUUCACAUUUGGGAUUCAUCUAUUAUUUAUCAAAAUAGUUAAACCAAUGUUCCAACUAUGUAGCUCGAUGUUGGCUCGUUUAAUGGCCAUUACAGAUAUUAUGUUCAUGAACUUUGGGAACAUUUUCUGGAGUUUUACAAAUCGUGUUUAAU